AAUGUUUAGGACAAUUCAUUGUUUAACAAUUACCCAAAACCAGAUAAAAAUUCUAUAACUCUGAUCGAUCACAAAAAUCGACCCUAAGAGGUAAAAGAAUAUUUCUCUGCAGGAAUAUCGAAACUUCAAUGCAAAUAUAUUUCACGAAAAAUUUUCUAACGACACAAAAAUCUGGAAAAAUUCUCCGAAAAGAAAUUAAUUAAAGUAAAUAAAUUAACAGCAAAGGUAAAAUAAAUACAGCGAGCAGGAAUGAUCCUGUUUGGAUUAAUCAUCUUUUCAACCCUGAGCUGGGAAAGUCAGGGUAUAUUCUACCACAUUCAAGAUUGCGAGAUUGAAGUAAUCGACGAGGAAUGGUUCGACGUUGAUGCGACCUCUUGUGAGCUGGAGCUUUUGAACGAUACGUUUAAUGCCAUAAAACUGGAUUUCAGGGUAAUCAAGGACCUUCCAGAGGAUACGUAUGGAGAAUUUGACGUGUUCAUACGUAGAGCUGGAAAUUAUAAGACGAGCACAGGUAUUUACGUUAAAGAAAAUCUUUGCAAUUUUGUCAACGAGGAAGUAAUGUUAGGGGAUUUGUUUAAAACGGUUGGUAUAACCGAGAAUACUUGCCCCUUGAAAAAGGGUAAUUAUAAAACGGAGGACUCGUGGUACCCGUCGAGAAAACUUAUGCCAAAGACGGUGGAUGGAAUUGACUACAAAACGAUGUUCGCGAUUUCUGCAAACGGAAAGCGCAUAUUUAUUCUCGCGGUAUACGCUGAGAUAGCUUCAUCGGAAUGGGAAACCGACGAUGAUGACGAAGAAUAGAUCAAAGAUCAAAU